AUGCUACCUACUGUCACUAUUCGACCAGCCUCCGAAAACCAGGAUAAUCACAAGCUCUUGACAGUUGGGAUUUUCGCCGAAAUAUACCUUUUGAACGAUCAUAUUAUAAGGAAAAUUUCCCGUGGUCAGAGUGAAGAAGAUCUUCAACCUACACUACGCGAGGCUCUGAUAUACGACGUUCUCGGAACUCAUCCACGGAUUACCGAAUGGCUAUCAAAGGGCAUAUCCGACUAUACCGAGAUCAAAUACUAUCCUCGUGGUGACCUUGUGAAAUAUUUGGAUAGGAAUUCAAUUUCCCUCGAGCUUCGAUCCAGAUGGUACCAGCAGAUCUUGGAAGCUAUUGUUUUUGUCCAUAGCCGUGGUGUUAUCCAUUCCGACAUUGCUCUGCGUCAGUUUUUUAUUGACGAGAACUUCGAUCUACGACUCGGCGAUUUCAACUCUUCGCAUUGCCCUAGCCAUGUAGCGCUUGGCUAUGAGAAAGCAUCACACUGCUUACCACGAGAUUAUGAUCUUCCUAACACGGAAGCCUCCGACAUCUUUGCCCUAGGAUCUACGCUCUAUGAGCUAGUCACUGGCGAGGCCCCCUAUAGCGAACUUUAUGGACCAAAAUCAGACGAUCCGGAUAUCAUCAAAGCUCAACUCCGACGACAGGACGUGAUAGACCAUGAGAUUGAAUCACGCUACAAAAAUGGCAAUUUCCCGGAUGUCUCCGGUCUAUUUGGAGGGGAAAUCAUAUUAGGCUGUUGGAGAGGGGAGAUUUCUACCGCUCAAGGGGCACUUGAUUUGUAA